AUAAAUAAAUGAAAUAUAGUUUAAUGGCGUCACCUUUUCAACUCGUCCAGAAUUAAAGGAAAAACAAAGCUCAUCCCAACAAUCAAACUUUCGGCAACAAGAAAUGGCUCCUUCCUCCUCCAUUACAGAUUCUCCUCCUCCUUCCUGGUUCACCCCCAAACGGUUAUUGAUUAUAUUUUGUCUGGUUAACAUGAUAAAUUAUGUAGAUCGAGGAGCCAUAGCCAGUAAUGGUGUGAAUGGGAGUAGUAGGACUUGUGAUGACAAGGGAAUUUGCAAAUCUGGUACUGGAAUUCAGGGGGAAUUUGAGUUGACUAACUUUCAAGAUGGUCUCUUGUCGUCUGCAUUCAUGGUUGGGCUUCUCCUGGCAUCCCCGAUAUUUGCUUCCUUGGCAAAGAGCUACAACCCUUUUAGGCUUAUUGGAGUUGGGUUAUCUGUUUGGACCUUGGCUGUAGCUGGAUGUGCUAGUGCAUUUUCCUUUUGGUUUAUCGCAAUAUGCCGAAUGCUGGUUGGUGUUGGAGAAGCUUCUUUCAUAAGUCUUGCUGCUCCAUUUAUUGAUGACAAUGCUCCUGUUUCUCAGAAAACAGCAUGGCUUGCGAUGUUUUAUAUGUGCAUACCUACUGGAAUUGCUCUUGGAUAUGUUUAUGGUGGAUUUGUAGGGGGGCAUUUUCACUGGCGCUAUGCAUUCUGGGGAGAGGCAUUGUUGAUGGUUCCAUUUGCUGUUUUGGGUUUUGUGGUUAAACCUUUGCAGUUGAAAGGUUUCUCUCCUGUUGAAUCCAAAAAAGCAUUGACAUCUGUGGACACUGUUUCUUCAAUAACUGAUGAUUCAGAGGCAUCAAAACUAGACGGCCGUAUGCUGGUCAGAGGUGACAGUAUCAGUGCUGAUGAAUUGAGUAAAAUUUCCAAGUCAGUAAGCAUACACAACAUUCUGAAUCAGCUCUCUCAGUUUGCGAAAGACAUGAAAGUGCUUUUGGUGGACAAAGUUUAUGUUGUAAAUGUUUUGGGUUACAUAGCAUACAACUUUGUUAUUGGAGCAUACUCAUAUUGGGGGCCAAAGGCUGGUUAUAACAUUUAUCAUAUGAAGAGUGCAGAUAUGUUGUUUGGAGGUAUUACAAUUGUUUGUGGGAUUUUAGGAACAAUAUCUGGUGGCUUCAUCCUAGAUCGCAUGACUGCUACAAUAUCUAACGCUUUUAUUCUUCUUUCGGGAGCAACAUUUCUGGGGGCAAUAUUUUGCUUCUCUGCUUUUUGUCUCAGGAGCCUGUAUGGUUUUAUAGUUCUUUUUGCUGUGGGUGAAUUACUUGUUUUUGCAACUCAGGCUCCUGUCAAUUAUGUAUGUCUCCACUGUGUAAAGCCGAGUUUGAGACCAUUAUCUAUGGCAAUCUCUACUGUCUCAAUUCACAUAUUCGGUGAUGUGCCUUCCUCACCACUUGUUGGGAUUCUCCAGGAUCAUAUCAACAAUUGGAGGUAUACUGCACUUAGUUUGACCUCUAUUCUCUUUCUUGCUGCUGGAAUAUGGUUUAUAGGUGUUUUCCUACGUAGCGUUGACAAAUCCAAUGAUGGAAGUCAACAAGUCUCUACAACCAGAACGAAACCAUUGCUUGAUGGAAACGUGGAUGAAAGUUUUUUGUGAAGUUCGAGUUCAGACCGGCAUGGUAUAAGUUUCCGAACUUAUUCAAGUUAGUUUUCUGAGGCAGUCUUCUAAAAUCAGUAGUUGUUAAAGCAAAAAAGAAAAAAGAAAUUUGGUGGCAUUUGUUGAGGAUUUGCUCCAGUUGACAUCUAAACUGGCAAAUGUUGAGAUUGCUUCUACAGAAUUAUUUGAAAGGAUAAAGGUAAUAUAGAAUGUUCUUUUUGUUCCUUUUUUUUCUGAUUUGGAUAUAAUCAAUUUGUAGAUAUAUCAACUAAUCUAUUAGUUGACAUAUGAUUGAUCAUGGGUGCAUGUUAACUCUCAUUCUACCCGUACUAUAUUGUAUUUGGAUUCUUCCCCCUCUUCCGGUAGUUUGCAGAUGGAUGGUGAAUGAUAUUUUAUGUUCG